AUGGCCGACACAGAUGAGGCUGCCAUUCAUCUCCCCUCCAAUGACUCCGCGCCACACUUCGAAACCGACCUGUCGGACGAGACCCAGGACUUUCGCAUGUUGAACAACAUCUCAUUUCUCACAGACUCGUCCCAUGCCACGCUGCCGAAGCGCGGUGAGAAGGAUUUCGAACCCAACCCCACCCUCCUCCAGGCCGAUGUUCUCGCCGCCUCGCGCGAGGCGAUGCACAAUGCCCUUGCGCAUCCUCGACUUCAUAACCCCAAGAAUACAGUCGUGGGUUACUACAUGCCUGAUGGACCCACGCCGCCUCCCUCAGUAGUAGCCACUCCCAAGACGGCGGAGACGACGGCAGAGGAUGCGCCCGAACCCAGCGCGUCGCAGGACAACGCGGAGACAAAACCUCAACCGAAGAACGCAGCCGACACGGGGCUGGGAAAUGUGUUCCCCGACUCGUGUGUCUGCGUCCCGAACCCCAAGGGCAAUCUUUUCAAAACAACCGGCCGGGCGGAUCGCUGGAAUCGCGUGUGGCUGCUGCCGGAGGAAGCGCUGUAUCUCCUGGAACGAGGCAGCUUGGACAUCCGAUGGCCCGCCUCGUCGGUGGGAUGCGACGAGAGUGGUGAUACAGAGGAGCCGACGAUCCCAAUGAGCCUACAGGCCGCCUAUGCAUGCUUCGUUGCAAGUGGAGGGUUGACUGUCGAGCGGUUCUCCGUCUACACCGGGUUGAAACGCUUGGGUUAUUCGGUCUUUCGCGCGCCUGGAUGGUACGACGAUGCGGAGGAGCCGGCUCCCGCUGAAUCGCCUCAGCCACAAGGACCUGGACUGGCCGGCAUCUACGAGAGGUUUUUGGAUUGGUUUCAUAAACCCAACACCACGGCCCUUGGGCCGGUGGCCGGUCUGGGAAUCCACCGUAACUAUAAGGACGUCUAUCGCAAACUCGCCAUCAUUCCAUGGUAUGACCCCGUCGCUCCCAAGACGGAAACGCCGCGUACGUCGGCGCCAUUCCGCGUCGUUUUCCACAUCUACAAGCCAUCCACGGCCUUCCGCAAAACCGCUCCUCCUCCCCCGGAUUUUCGCAUCGCCGUUGUCGACGCCCGGGAGCAGACGACCAUGCCCACAAUGGCCCAGAUAGGCAGCCUACUUGAUAAUUCCCCGCUAGAACCCCCCGAAGGUGAGAAGAUGAGCCGGGCCCUCUACAUGCGUCUACGACAGGGGUACCGCAGCGUCAUUCUGGCGGUAGUGGACCAAGGCGUGGUGAGCUAUCUCCGAGUUGCCGAUGCAGCAUUUGGCAAGGAGAAGUUGUAUGCAUUCGAGGCCCCUCAGGGGAACAAAAAGGGCGGUUUCUCUCGACCCAAACCCAAAGGACGAUGA